AUGCCCAAUACACCGACUCGAUUCGAACGGUGCUCGUUUGGGCGACCGGACUUUUCGAGGGCUUGCAUUUUCGUUGACGAGCACUUUGUCUUGAAGAUUGGGGAUUUCGGGAGAAGUAUCAUCAAGGGUGAAGAAUCAAAGUCAAGAUCGGUGACCGGCACUCCUCGAUAUCUUCCGCCACCAGCAAAAACGGACGACCAUUUAAAAAAUUCUCAUCUCAACGAUGUCUACUCGCUCGGGCUUGUCGUUUGGGAGAUGAUCGUAAGAAAAUUGGUGUUUUCCGAGUAUCAAGUCGGUGAUGGUCCCUUUAACCAGCACGAGUUCAGCGCUGACGCUCCCAUGGGAAAUCUCGCUCCACUCGAAACUCCGAAGUGUCCCGGUUUCCAGGAAUUGGCUGAGAUCGUCGAGAAAAGAACAAAUCGCUUCAAGUGUUUGAGAAAAUUCCAAAAUUCGAAAUCACUCGCCUUCAGCUAUAUCGACCAAUUGGUUUUGACGGAAAAAGCUCCAAAACCGACUCCAAAACCGGACAUCCACGGAAAAAAGGUGAUGCUUUGUGUUUGGUGGAACAGUAAAGGCCUGGUGUAUUUUGAGGUUCUGGAUUCGGGUCAAACAGUUACGGCGAACCUCUACCAAGGCCAAUUGGACCGCGUGGACCAGGCGCUGCGACGUCAAGGUGUGGAUAUGGUGUCGACAAAAUUCCUCCACGACAACGCUCGGCCGCAUGUCGCAAAAAUCAUCCAGCAGAAAAUUGAAGAAAUGGGCUGGGAAGUCCUGCCUCAUCCGCCAUACAGCCCAGACUUGGCGCCUUCCGACUACCAUCUGUUCCGAUCAAUGCACCACUCCUUGGCAGAGAAAAAGUUCAAGAACCGCGACGAGGUCCAAAUUUGGGUGUCCAACUUCUUCGAGUCGCAGCCAGUCGAGUUCUUCAAGAAGGACAUCCAUUCUCUGCGUGAACGUUGGCGACAAGUCAUUGAUGCAGAUGGCGAAUACCUUUUGGAU